AAGUUUUCACCAAUCAGCUGUUUGUAUUUGAUUGUUUCUUAUUAACUUCAUUGAUAAGACGUGAUUGGUAUAUUUAUAUUAAAACUGUUCUCUUAUAAGCAAAUAAAGUGAAAUGUUUCUACCGAAGAAAGUAUUGUUGUCAACAAUCACAAAACAAUGUUGCUUGCAUACCAACAAAAAAGAAUUCAGUGCUGGUGUUGCUGUAAAUAGUCCAACAAAACGAAUUUGCAUAGUUGGCGCGGGACCGGCAGGAUUUUAUGCCGCACAGUAUAUAUUAAAAACACUUAGCGAUUGUGUCGUGGAUGUUAUUGAAAAAUUGCCAGUUCCAUUUGGUUUGGUGCGAUUCGGCGUAGCGCCCGAUCAUCCGGAGGUGAAGAACGUAAUCAAUACUUUUAACAAAACUGCUGAGCAUAAAAAUUUUAAUUUUUUCGGCAACGUAACGUUAGGCAAGGACAUAAGUUUGCAAGAAUUACGUGAACGGUAUCAUGCAGUUUUGCUUACUUAUGGAGCGGAUCAAGAUCGUGAGCUUAACAUUCCCAAUGAAAAUCAACCAAAUGUAUUAUCAGCACGUAAGUUUGUGGCCUGGUAUAAUGGUCUGCCCGGUGAACAACAUCUUAAUCCUAAUUUGAGUGGAAGAUCGGUGGCCAUUUUGGGGCAAGGAAAUGUGGCUGUUGAUGCGGCGCGCAUGUUGCUCAGCUCAGUUGAUGCUUUACGUAAAACGGACACAACUGAAUAUGCAUUGGAGGCACUUUCCCGUAGCAAAGUCGAGCAGGUGUAUUUGGUUGGUCGUCGUGGACCGCUUCAGGCUGCUUUUACUAUAAAAGAACUGCGUGAAAUGUUGAAACUGCCAAAUGUUCAAACUAUAUGGAAACCAGAUGAUUUCACGGAUGUACCGGCACAUUUACCGAAUUUACCGCGUCCGCGCAAGCGUUUAACAGAACUGAUGUUAAAGAGCUUAUCAGAACAAUCUAGUAGUAGUAGCAGUAAUCGCGCUCAAAGGCGUUUCUUACCCAUAUUUUUACGUGCGCCUAAAGCUAUUGGGGAAAAUGAAAUAAAAUUAACCGUUACGCAACUACAAAAUGACACAGCUAUUCCAACAGAUAAAAUCGACCACUUACCCGCUGAAUUAAUAUUACGUAGCAUAGGGUAUAAAUCUACUUGCGUUGAUGGUGGCAUAUGUUUUGAUGAUCGUGGUGGACGUGUAUUUAAUGAGAAUGGGCGUGUUCUGAAGGAUGCUACAAGUAAGUCGGUGGAUAAAGGUCUUUACGUUGCAGGUUGGCUAGGCACAGGUCCAACUGGCGUCAUUCUGACCACAAUGAAUGGUGCAUUCGGUGUGGCGAAAACAUUAUGUGAUGAUAUUAUAUCCAAUGAGGUAGAUACCAGUUCAACAAAGGCAGGAUCGGAGGCCAAACAGUAUGGUCGUGUUGUGACGUGGUCUCAUUGGCAGCGAAUCAAUCAAGCUGAAAUAAAAGCUGGUGAACGCCUGGGUAAGCCUCGGGAAAAAAUUGUAGAUGUGGAUGAAAUGCUUAAGGUGGCAGGGCUUUAAGUUUUAGCACAAAAAACCUAAAAAAAAAAAACAUUUAAAUAAUAAACAAAGAAUGAUUAGAAUAUAAGUAACAAAAGUAGUUGUUUAUUUUUCUAUGCCAAAUAAACCAUAAAAAAUUAUAUAGGAAAAGUCAAAAAAUGUAAUUUUAUAU